UAUGACAUCACUGCAGCUCAGUGAAAGUGAAACUGAUUUAAACAGGAAGACUUUAAACGUUUUCUCUCUUUAAAAAGGCGGAAUAUUUAUUCAUAUUUAUUCAAUAUACGUGGUAAAAUUAAGAGUUCACAACUGAUACUCACUCACAGGAUUAAAGAGAGGAAGAGCAAUGGCAGAAUCUUCAACACCACCAAAACAAAAUCCAACAAGGAGAAACAGUUUGAAUGAACCUCCAAUCGUGUCGUCCUCCAGUAGUGCACUAAAUGAGGAGCUUCAGUGUUCAAUCUGUCUGGAUGUGUUCACUGAUCCGGUCACAACUCCAUGUGGACACAACUUCUGCAAGACCUGCCUGAAUGACUGCUGGAAAAACGCUCAGGACUGCAACUGUCCGUUAUGUAAAGAAACAUUCAGCAAAAGACCCGAUCUGGAGAUUAAUACAACACUUAGAGAGGUUGUGCAACACUUUAAGGAAAAGCAAAAGUUGAAUUUGGGUAAAUCUGAAGUUCUCUGUGACAUCUGUGAUGAAAGAAAGCAGAAAGCCGCGAAGUCUUGUCUGACAUGUCAAAGCUCUUACUGUGAAACUCACCUGGAGCCUCAUCGGAGAGUUCCGGGUCUGAAGAAACACAAACUGAUGAACGCUGUGGAGAAUCUGGAGGAUUAUAUAUGCCAGAAACACGAGAGACCUCUGGAGCUGUUCUGCAGAGAUGAUCAGAUGUGUGUGUGUUUGUCCUGCACUGAAGGAGACCACAAGACUCACAACACUGUUCCUAUAGAGGACGAGAGUGCAGAGAAGAAGAAUCAGCUGGUAAAGACACAGACAGACGUGCAGCAGAUGAUCCAGGACAGAAUGAAGAAGAUUCAAGACAUCCAACACUCUGUAGAGAUGAGAAAUAGAAACACAGAAGAAGAGAAGUCAUCCAGUGUUGAGAUGUUCACGGCUCUGAUCCGCUCCAUUGAGAGAUGUCAGACUGAAGUUGUUGAGAUGUUGGAGGAGAAGCAGAAAGCAGCAGAGAAACAGGCUGAAGAUCUCAUUAAAGAGCUGGAGCAGGAGAUCAAUGAGCUAAAGAGGAGAAACUCUGAGCUGGCGCAGAUCUCACACACUAAAGAUAAUCUUGAUCUCCUACAGAUUUACUCGUCCUUGUACAGGCCUAAAAACACUAAGAACUGGACUGAGAUCAGUAUUGACACUCACGUGAAUGUGGACACUCUGAAUACAGUUCUGACUCGACUCAAGAACACUCUAGAUGAGACUCUAGAUCAAAAUGUAUUGAGGCGGAUGCAGCAGUAUGCAGUGGAUGUGACUCUGGAUCCUGAUACAGCUCAUCCUGGUCUCAUCCUGUCUGAUGAUGGAAAACAAGUGAGAGAUGGAGACAUUAGACAAAAACGUCCAGAUAAACCAGAGAGAUUUGAACUAUAUGCAGAUGUUCUGGGAAAGAAGGGAUUCAGUUCAGGCAAAUUUUAUUUUGAGGUGCAGGUGAAGGGAAAGAGUAAGUGGGAUAUAGGAGUUGUCAGAGAAUCCAUUAACAGGAAGGGAGAGAUCGAUCUGACUCCACUGAAUGGAUUCUGGACUGUGAGGUUGAGGAAUGAGAAUGAAUAUAAAGCCUGUGAUAAUACUCUGGUCUCUCUUUGUUUGAGAGUGAAGCCACAGAAAGUUGGUGUGUUUGUGGAUUAUGAAGAGGGUCUGGUCUCCUUUUAUGAUGUGGAGUCCAGCUCUCAUAUCUACUCUUUCACUGGUCAGUAUUUCACUCAAACACUCUUUCCAUUCUUCAGUCCAGGUCUUAAUGAUAAAGGUAAAAACUCAACUCCACUGAUCAUAACACCCGUCAGUUAUACGUAAUUAAUUUACACCCCAAAAAUAUGAAAAACUACAUGAACAUAUUUAAUUUGGAAGACAAGUUCAUAUAGAAAUAAUCAAAGUUUAACAAUAUUUUAAAUGUAACAAUGUAAAAUAUUUUAUUAUUAAUAUAAUUAUCAUUAAAUGCUUUCACAUUUUCAACUUGAAGAUCUAAUAGAUGCAAUAUAAAGUUUCUAAAGAUGCAUUUAAGGCAGGAGUUCUUAAAUAAGAAAUGUUGUGUUUACCUGGGACCCAAACUAAUACAACACUGUACAAUAUACUGUAUUUCUAUAUCCGUUUAUUUAUACACUUUUAUGACAAAUCUUUUUUCAAAGACUUAAAACUUAUACAUUUAAAAACACUUGAACAUGAAUACAAACACAUUAUCAAAUUGUAUAUAUAUAUAUAUAUAUAUAUAAUGUUUUAACUGGAAAAUAUAUCACCUCAAAGCAUCAUAUUUUGUUGCUCCUACAUACAUGUAAAAAGGCAACUGCUUUUAUUUACAGGUAUUGUCUCUACAAUAACACUGCCGUAACAAGGUAUUAUUCAUAAGACAAAGAUUCUGUAAGUUUCUUACACAGUUUGAAAGUCUUACCAUAUGAAUGUAAAGCUUAAGGCCUAGUAAUAAUAAUUUCAGUAAUUAUGGUAUUUUGGCAGAAACUAUGUAAUCAAUAAUCAGAUUGCUCUUUUGACUCACAAGCAGCCAUUAAGAAUCAGCCUACACCCUAGUAAUAUUCAAGAGCACACUAGCAACCGUGUAGCAACACCUAUUUCUCAGCACCAGAAUUAUCAUAGAGACAUGGGGUUGGGCACUUUUAACUCAGGCUAGCAAGCAGCUUUUCAAUAUGACCCUGGCAACUGCCUAGCAACUAUCAAGAGCACCUUAUAAACCAUACAGACACACCAUAUCUCAGCACAAGAACACUGUAAAGACAUGGGGGUGGGUUGUUUCGACUUAAGACAGUGUACUGAGGCCUUUGAAAGGACAUUGUGGUGAUGUGUUUAGCCAUGGCAGGCAGCACCAAAGUUUUUCUUCAGACAACGUACACAUCUCAUUCAAAUCUAACGUUUCAGUGAGAAAUCAAUCGAGCCAGUAGCUCCCCAAGUUACAACAAAUAGCUUGCACUUAUGAAUAAAUCACAUUGUUUGUGAUAGAAGCAAGAGAGGAAAAUGCAUAUCCAUGAACAACUCAUUCAAUGAAACACAAAUAGCUACUCAUUAACACACAGUUUAGCUUUCAGUCUUUCUCUUCACUUGAGUCGGCUAGUAAUAACAUCUCUGCAAAUUAGGGUUCGCUACACAAGGAAAACAACGGAAAAGCACGAGCGGUGAAUGGAUAGAUCCCUACUUAGAAAUCGUUCACUUCAACUGGCAUCACAAUCAACCUACAUGUUUUAAAUAAUGUAAAUUAUCACAUAAAAUGAACAGGAAAGCAUUCUCUUCAUAUCUGCAUAUGGUAAUCUCUAUCUGUAAAAUAAUAAAGGCCUCUCAACAACUUCUUUUGUUAGUACAGCUUUGUUAUUACAAGACACAGUUGCAAGCUGUUUCUUGUUCUGCAAGAGGAUGUGUCUAUAGGAAUGUAUUUCCUGUUUCUGUACUCUCAUGUAUCACACAUAGCUCAAACAUAUAUAAUGAUGAGCUGGACAACAAACGUUGAAGAAAGAUCUGAUACACUCUGGUGUCUGUGUCACUUCUUUCUUCCCUCAGCUGAGGCUUCUAAUCGAGACCAGGACUGCAGAUCAAGAAUAAUCAAUCAAAAAUAUUGCAUGACAAAAAGUACCUAACAAAACUGGGGGCUUGUCCGGGAUCUCUCCAGACAGGUAAGACUGAUUUAUUAUCAAUUAUUAACCUGUCUGAUGAAAGAUUGAAGAUUACGUAGUUUAAUUUGGCUUGAUAUCAUUAAUAACUCUGCAUGCGGGGGCCUCUUCAUAGAGACAAUAUUGCCCUAUUAAAAAUAGGAAGGAGGUUUUAACUCAUCACCGCUGCAGCAGUUUAAAAUUGAUCCUAAUUCUGGUGUGAAUAAGGGGACGGAAUUGUAUUGAGGAAAAGACAGAGAAUACAGAUUCAUAUCCUAGAGAUGGCCCAUUUAGUGAUCAAUUCAUGAGCGAAUCCAAAUCUAUGGUUAAAAGAGUGUGGGGGGACCCUCAGUGGGAUUAUAAGUACAUGAAAGAGUCAUAUGAGGUGUGAAGAAAAUGAAACCACUCUGGGACCAAGGUCCUGAACGAAAAGAGGCCAAUCAAAUGCACGUUGCUGCCUCUGUGUCAGAACAACCGCCUAAAUAUGAUAUUGUCGUGAACAGCCCCUUAACCCCUAGUACCCCAACGACACCAUGCACACUAUUAUAUCCAGACUUAAAACCAUUUAAAGGCAACACAUUCGCUGCAGCCGCGGCCAUAGUCAAAGACAUGAGCGAAGUUACAACAGCGGCAUUUCCUUUUAUCCAGUGCCCAGACGGAUAUAAAAUCAUUCCACAAGCAAUGUCAGAGGUGCUGGCUAUAUGCAAAGAGUUACCCGACCCAGUUAAAUCAUCCCCUACAAUACGUGAAUAUUUUAAAGAAACUCACGACAUACAGUCAAUUGCCAGAAUGCGAUUAUCGAUUCAUCUUGUCCAAAACAUUAUCUCCAGAUAUAACUGAAACAGGGUUAGUGGACAAAGUGCCUUUGCUGGACUCGAAAUUCGACCAGCCAUGAGUAGAGGAAGGAAAAACCAGGUCAGGAAAAGGCUUUAAGGGAACAAACAUAGACUGGGCAUGGGGAGAUGAUGAUGUAUUACCGAUGUUUUUUUAGAGACCUCCUCAAAUUCCUGCAGGGCAUGGCCGCAUCCAGACAAGAUAUAACAUAUCCGGCUAAUACGAAAAAACAAAGGGACAAAGGUCCAGUGGCAUUCUUUGCUCGGUUUAAGGCUUUGUGGAUCGAUGAAUCAUCCCUUUCAGCUGACGAUGACCAAGCAAUCCUAUUUAUAAACACCUUCUUAAACAACAUGGACCCUGAUCCCACUUGAUUAUUUCGUAACACAACAGCUGGUUUGACCGGGAUGACAAUUUCCGAAUUCGGAUGGCAACUUCGUGAGCUGUCCACCGCUGGGGCCUUCAAGGGCUGUCAGCGUACCUCCUCCAAAACGGCGCCAACAAUGGCUCAAUUUACGCCACAAAAUGCGCCCCGAGCGUAUGAAUCUCGGACAUGACAUUACUGCAGAAAGCAAGGACAUCUCAGAUUGUUGUAAAUGAAUGAGAGACCAGAGAGAACCACAGUGGCAUGACCGACAUGACAGACAGCAGGGAGUCCGCUCUGACCCACUGCGAGAAAAUGGCCCAAACAACCGUUCCACACCUCAAUACCCAACAGAAUGGACACCCCGCUAAGGAAGCCCACAGAGCACUGAGUCCUGCACUUUUGCAUUAGCAUCAAUGCUGUGUUUCGAUAACUCGGCACUGCCUUUUUUAUUGUUAAAUGUUGACCACAAACCGUAUACCUUUCUCGUCGAUACUGGUGCAACUAAAAGUUCAUUAACAGUGCAUUGCUAUGAAUGCUCUAUUAUGGUGUCGGAUAUGUGCACUACCAUUAACUAAAUUCCAGCAGACCACACUCAUUUUACUGUUAUUUAUUUGUGUUCUGUCUUCUUCGUCGCACCCACUACGCAGCCCCUGUUCGCAUUCACAAAUGGAGUCCAACAGUACACUUGGACCAGGAUGGCCCAGGAAUUUAGAGGCUCAUCUGCUGUGUUCUCUGCUGUAGUGCACACUACCCUCAAAGACACAAAGCUGCCACCACAGACCUGUCUGCUACAAUAUGCUGAUGAUAUCUUGGUACCCAUCCCGAUGCUGAGUCCUGUACAAUAGCAUCGAUGAUUGUUUGCAACAUGCUCAAUCACGCGGGUUUCAAGGCUUCCAAAGACAAGCUACAAUGGGUGAAACUGAAAGUUAACUAUCAGGGUCAUGAGCUACAGAAAGGAACAGUUUAGUGAACUACUGUCGAGCAUGGGUGCCAAACUGCUCUUUAUAUGACAAAAUACUGAGAGAAGCAACAUUCUCAAGAGCUGAGGAACCUAUCAAGUGGACUGCUGAAAUGGACAUGGCUUUUAAACAUCUACGAAACGGCCUCAGCUCUCCACCUGCACUAGGCUUACCGAAUUAUGAUGAACUAUUUCAUCUCUACAUGCACGAGGCGGCAGGCACAGCAGCAGCGAUCCUCGCUCAUUCCCAUGGUGGAACAUAUAGACCAGUGGCAUACUUGUCAAAAAUGAUAGAUGCAGUAGCCAAAGGCCUCCCUGCACAUUUGCAAGCAUUGGCUGCAGCGGCGUUGAUGGUACAACAUGCAGAACGCAUUGUUCUAUCACAUCCAUUGGUCAUGCACAUCUCUCACCAGGUAGGAGCAAUCAUGCACAACGAUACCACACAACACAAGACAGCACAAUGUCAAUCGGGGUAUGAAGCUAUUUUAAUGGCUACUGCUAAUCUGACUGUGAAACCAACAACCGUUGUACAUGGCCCGACUUCAUCAUUACACAAAUUGCUAACUAAAGGUGAAUUUUACAACGAUUAACAUGAUUGCCUCGAUCGGCUGAAAACAUGUACUUCCUGCAGGCCGGAUGUUUCAUCAUCUGCCCUGGAGGAGGGGGACCAUUGGUAAAUUGACGUGUCCUGUUCCAAGCCAACUGGUUCUGUAUACGGAGUGUUUAUGCUGUAACGGAACUUCUGAAUCGAUUUAUUGAAGCUUAUGCACUCCCAUAUAAAUCUGCACAAGCUGCUGAGUAGUUUCCAUUGUUCAGAGCAUGCCAAUUGGCUAAAGGUAAAUAAAUGUAUAAAGGCAAAGACUCAAAGUAUGCUUAUGGGGCGGUACAUGAUUUUGCUUGAAUGUGGGAGGAAAGAGAUUUCAAGACAGAUGAAUGCAAACCCAUAUCACAUCAUAACCUGGUUUCAGAAUAAUUGAGAGCAGCACAGUUGCCUGUAAAAUUGCAAAAAAUCCAAAGUUACACAACUACUCGAAGGAAUUGAACAUAAAUUUACAUUUCAACAUACCGUAUCACCCACAGUCGGCAGGCGUGGUUGAACUGACAAAUCGGAUAUUAAAAAUAUGCUUAAACAAAGCCUGCACCGAAACCGGAAGAACAUGGGUUGAUGUUCUACCAGCUGUGUUGACUGAACUCAGAGGUGGUGAUCAAGGAAUAUGUGGAUUCUCUGAUCAAAACAUUGAAUGGCAUAAAUGGUGAUAUUUCUCUUUCUAUACCUAUACCUAUGCCCACAGAAAAGCCCACUCAUUCAUUUGUUCCA